AUGCUUCCUCACACUGCUUCUGCGGCCGCGCUCUUAUCGACAGCCACUCUGAUUACCACCUCUAUCGUAGCACAAGCUUCGCAUCUGCAUCAAAAACGAAGCGUGCCCCAAUUCAUUCUUCUUGCCGUAUCUUUAUUUGUAGAAUGUAUAUUGCUCGUCUUAUCGUACCGGGUGACUCUGCACCCGCUUGCAAAGUAUCCAGGGCCAAUUAUGGCAGCCUUGACAGACUGGUAUACAGUAUACUGGAUCGCGGAGGGCAGCCGCCAUUUGGAACUCCACAAGCAACAUAAGAAAUAUGUGAAGGGUCUGGAGAACCGCGUAGUACCUCAUGUCGACUACUUGAUCCAAAAGAUUGAUGAGACAGUCCCCAGACACGGAAAUGUACUUGAAGACCCAGACUCGGAGUGGAGUCUUGGUCAGAACAUGGGGGAGCUUGUUGCGUUCUGCAUCGCCGAUGUCAUGGGUGACGUGACUUUCAGUCAACACUUCAACACUCAGCGGGAUGAGAAGAAUCGGCACUACGUCCAUGAUCUUCCCAACGGCGUAGCUGGAAUUCAUCUAGUCGGACACAUGCAGUCCCUAUUCUUCUGCAAUCUACACCGGCUAAUCUUCAAUGAACUCAUAGUUGGAAUUGGCAGUUUAAUGGCACUCAGCCGCUCAUUUGCACACAAGCGACUUGAAGAAAGGGCGGAAGGUGUCGUACGCUCGGAUGUCUGGCAGGCUCUACUGGAGUCCAAAGAUCCUAAAACCCGCAGGGGGUUUACAGAUGACGAGCUCGUAUCGGAGGCCAGUCUCUUCAUCAUUGGCGGCACGGACGGAAUGAUCACUGCUACCACCGGAACCCUCUUUUACUUGGUCCACAAUUCCCAUGCCCUGGAGAGACUCACAAGCGAGUUACGGGAGAAGUUCCCAUUUUCAACGACGGAGCCUGACAAAUGUCCAAUUGAAUUUGCCAGCGCGCAACUCCAAAGGAUUACGUAUUUGUUUGCCUGCAUCGACGAGUCGAUGCGUCUCAGUCCGCCGGUGCCAAGCAUCCUGCCACGUCGAGUCGGUCCUGGUGGCAUGGUCGUGGAUGGCGAAUUCUUCGUGGGAGGCACAGACCUCGGAAUCCCACACUAUAGCAUGCACCGCAAUGAAGAGAUCUUCCCAGAUCCCCUUGUCUAUAACCCAGAGCGGUGGUUGGAUAGUACAAGCCUUGCUGCUGAGAAGAGAGGCGGCGGAGAAGGUGGAAAUUUGAGAGCUGGUGUCGGUCAGGCCCUGGGCUUCACUCCCUUUGGAGCUGGGCGAAGUGCCUGUAUCGGAAAAUACAUGGCUUAUCAGGAGGUUUCGUAUAUUAUAGCCCGCUUGCUUUGGAAGUUCGAUGUAAGGAUGGACGCCAGCAAUCCUAUCGGAGAAGGUACAGGUACUGGUCUUGAGGGCCGGGGGAGGAAAGAUGAGUUUCAGCUGUUCUGUCGGUUUGUCAGCGAGCAGCGGGGACCAAUGCUUCAGUUCCGGCAAAGGAAGGAUAUUUAA